AUGAUAGAUCCCAUCGAUCCGAUCUUGCGAAGAAUUGGGAGUGCGUGUCGCUUGACUUGCACGUGUUCGGUGGAGAAUUGGUGCAGUGCCCCGCCUGGGGUGAAAUCGAAAAACCGGUCGCCUUCCAUCGAUGAAAGCUCCCCUGCGGAAGUCUGGAACGUGAAGGAAGAGAAGGAAGCAGUGGAAGCGCCGGAAGAGAGUCGCCCGCGCAGCUUGGCGACGCGGAUGUCCACCUUCAACUUCUCCAUCAUCCGCGCGACCAAGACGACAAGGUCCAAGCCCUCAGAGAACAAGAAGAAGCCCC